UGGUGAGUUUUCGCGUGUGGCGGGCGAUUCAGCAGAUCGGUAGAUCGAUCUCAUCGAGAGAGAGGGAGAAGGAUGGGCGGCGGCGGGGAUCACGGUGGGAGCACGACGUACAAGGGCUUCACCAUCCACCACCCGAAGCGGUGGCACGUUGUCACCGGGAAGGGCCUCUGCGCCAUCAUGUGGUUCUGGAUACUUUACAGGGCUAAGCAGGAUGGUCCAGUAGUGUUGGGUUGGCGUCAUCCUUGGGAAGGACAUGGCGACCACUCUCAUGGCCAUGGACAUGAACAUGAGGAAUCACAUUAGGAUCGCGGCCGUGACCAUCAAGGGAGUCUCCAAUCUGUUAUGUUUAACAGAUCAGUUUACUGAAUAAAUUUGGUUUGGGACAUGUAGCAAACUUGAAGAUGUUUAUCCUGUUCGUUCUGCUAUAUACUGGACCAGUGGAAUGUCAUUGUACAAGUCAAUGAACUAUGACAUCAACGCUACUGCAAGUACUUUAGCGUCUGCAUAUUUGUCCUGUGAAACUUUUUAAUAAUUGUUAUUUUCUUAAAUUACAGAAAUCUCAUUAUUGUUGCCGA